AAAUCAGGCCUCUUUUUAUCCAUCUUCUCAGAUCCCAUCCCAGCCUUAUUAUUAUGUUCUAUAUUGUACAUUUUCCCUUCCCUCUUGCAUCCACAUCCAUCAAUGGCUGUCACGCAUACUGAUCUUGCCCCUAGCCCUCCGAAAACCGACCUGGGCAGCAACACGGGCCUUUUCAUCAUUGUUGUAUCCAUACUUCUGGGCCUCCAGUGCUUCAUCCUCUCCCUUGUUGCCGAAGCCACGCGUUCCGAGGCAAUAUGGGUGGAAAACAAGUGCAGGUAUAGCGGGGAUGGGAAGAUUGCGCUGAUGAGUGUGGCUGCUGCGUUCUUCUCCUUGGCGUUGGCCAUGGUGUUGCAACAUGUCUACCUCUUGAUUGCUGUGAGCAAAUCCCCGGCGGGAUCGCUAGUCUAUUGGGACCCACAUUCUGAUUUCGUCAAGUCCCUCACUUGGCAAGCGGGGUUCUUCUUCGUUGCAACAUGGAUAUCAUUUGCAGUGGGGGAGAUAUUAUUGCUAGUAGGACUGAGUGUAGAAUCAGGGCACCUCAGAAACUGGAGAGAUGCAAGGGCAAGCUGCGUGGUGGUCGGACAAGGCGUCUUCUCAGCCGCCGGAGUUUUUGGCCUUUUCACCGUCUUCAUGGCCGCAGGCCUCUACAUGUCCGCUUUGCGCGGCCAGCGCUUCCUGCAGGACCAAGAGAACAACCACCGCGAGGUUAUGGCCGCCUCCGCCUUCUACGCUUCGCCGCCCAGGUCGCCCCGCCGCCCGCCGCCGCCCGCAGAUGAUCAGAGCCGGCCGCAUAUGGCAAUGGUGGAGCUUCAAAAGUACAUGCAACUUGUUUGAUUCUUUCUUUGGUUUUGAGAGUAUCAUUCUCAUGUGCAGAAAGUGUAAAUAAUCCAAAAUUUUACUCCAUACCGUAUGUAUUAAUGUUUUUUUUAUAUAUCAAAAAUACCUGUAUAUAUUAGCCAUCAACGUUUUAAUUUUGAGUAUUAUUACUCCUUAAUAAUUGUAUUACAAACUUUGGGUAUUAGCCAUCAAAGUUAAAUUAAAGUAUGAUAAAAUACAAAAUAUAAGAUUGGAUAUGGU